AUGGGCCGAUUCGGCUUCGGCUCCUCGGACAAAGAGAACGCGAGCGAACACAGCACCGGCGAGCCUUUGCCCGAGUUCAACGGAAAUGCCGAGCUCCAAGAAGGCCUCGUCGUCGAGAAUGGCGACCAGCUGCAGCGACAUCUCGCCAACCGACAGAUCCAACUCAUCGCCAUCGGAGGCUCCAUUGGAACCGCCCUCUUCGUCAGCAUCGGUUCCGGCCUGUACCAUGGAGGUCCCGCCAACCUGUUGAUCGCAUAUACCCUGCAGAGCUGCAUCCUGGCCAUGGUCAACAACUGCGUUGCAGAGAUGAGCACCGCGUUCCCCGUUAGUGGCGGCUUUAUUCGUCUGGCUGGUCACUGGGUCGAUGAUGCCCUGGGGUUUAUGGUCGGAUGGAACUUCUUGUCAGUUGCAUCACGUGGGGGAAAUGCUGCUUGCACGAGACUCGACUGACGUGGUGCUGUAGUUUCUACGAAGCUCUCCUCAUUCCCUUUGAGAUUUCCGCUUUUGGUCUCGUGGCCUCCUUCUGGAGUCCAACGGUGACGGAGACUGGACCCAUCGCUGGAAUCAUCGCCGGUGUUAUCAUUGCAUAUGCGUAAGCUUGGCCCCCAACCCUCUCACCGUGCAGAGACUCACCUUCAUUCAGCUUGAUCAACAUCCUCGCCGUCAAGGCCUACGGAGAAGCCGAAUUUUGGUUGUCGGGAGGAAAAGUCGUCCUGAUCUUCUCCCUGUUCUUCUUCACCUUCAUCACGAUGGUCGGAGGGAACCCGCACCACGACGUGUACGGCUUCCGAAACUUCAACCACGGCCAGGCCUUCCAGGAGUACAUCGCAACCGGUCCGCUGGGUCGAUUCGAGGGCUUCCUCGCCGCCAUGUCCUCUGCUCUCUUCACCGUCGUCGGCCCGGAAUAUAUCUCCAUGGUUGCAGCUGAAGCCGUCCGCCCGCGAACUUACAUCAAGGCAGCGUUCAAAAUGGUGUAUGCUCGAUUCGGAAUCUUCUUCAUUGGAGGUGCUCUGGCUGUUGGCAUCGUUUGCCCUUCGCGCGAUCCAGCACUCCGCGCUGUCGUCGUGGGCGGAGAAGGCCAUGGCUCUGCUGCUUCGUCUCCAUAUGUGAUUGCCAUGGAGAACCUGCAGGUCAAAAUCUUCCCAUCCAUCGUCAACGCGUAAGUUCGACGAAAUGACCGGUCACGGCCAUGGAACUUCUCGCUAACAUUGGGAUACAGUUUGAUGUUGACAUCCAUCUUCUCGGCUGGUAACACCUACACGUACUGUGCUGUUCGUAACCUCUACGGUCUAGCCCUCGAGGGAAGAGCACCUCGAUUCCUCCAGAAGUGCACGAAGAACGGAGUACCGAUCUACUGCUUCUGCGUGGUUAUGGUCUUCCCCCUGCUCUCCUUCCUCCAGGUCUCGAGCGGCUCUUCGACCGCGAUCACUUGGUUCGCCAAUUUGGUGACAGCUGGAGGCCUCAUCGACUACAUCGUCAUGUGCAUUACCUACAUCUUCUUCUACCGCGCCUGCAAAGCGCAGGGUCUCGAUCGCAAGACUCUGCCAUACACGGGCUACUUCCAGCCCUACUGCGCCUGGAUCGCACUCGUCUGGCUCGUCGUAUGGACGUGCAUCUACGGUAAAAAUAUGCGCCCACAUUGAGUAGCAUCCCCGUCAUCUGACUGACUCCUCCUUCCGCAGGCUACAACAGCUAUCUCCCCUGGGACGUCUCCACCUUCUUCUCGCAAUACACCAUGCAAAUCUUCAUCCCCCCGCUCUAUCUGAUCUGGAAGUUCAUCAAGAAGACCAAAGUCAUCAAGCCACACGAGGUAAGUCUCGGACCCCUGUCGCGCCCAAUCAACGUCCGUCCCUCACUCACUGACUCAAUCCCACAGGCCGACCUGGUCUGGGAUCGCCCCAUCAUCGACGCGUACGAGGCGACGUUCGUCGGGCCUCCGAGUGGUUUCUGGCAGGAACUCGGUCAGAUGGUGGGUAUUGGCAGGCAUAAGGGGGGCAAUGAGCAGAGGAGACGAAGUAGUGUCGUGGUGGUGGGGGAUCCUGAGAAGUAG